GACUUUUUUUAAUAGUAAUCUUUAUUCUUUAUUUUUUAAUUAUCUUUGUGAAAUAUUGAAAUGUACUGACUACUGAUGAAUCAUAUGAAGUUUAACUUAUAAAUAGGUAUACAAGUUAAAUAGUUAAGUUCUAAUUAAGUAGUUAUUCCUUAUAGUUUAUUAAACAACUCUGAAUCAAUGCUUUAAGAUUCAAUUCAAGUCUUACAUAUAAAUUGUUAAAGUUAAUAUACCUUAAAUUUGCAUUUAUAUUGUGCGACAUUGAUAAUUGUGUUUAUUAGAAUGAGCUCCAAAGAGGAAUUUUUAUCCAAAACUGAACGCACUAAGUGUUGGUUGUCUCGUGAUAAUUUUUGGGAAUGUUUGCGAUCCAACAAUGAUAAGUCAGACAAAUGUACUGAUCUCAGACUAAUCUACGAAUCAUCUUGUCCUCCUCAAUGGGUAAAACACUUCGAUAGAAAAUAUAGCUACUUGAAGUUUAAAGAGAAAAUGGAAAAAGAUGGUUAUGAACCUUUGAACGAAAAAUGAUGUACUUUAUAUAAUAUUGUAUUCAAUAAUGAUGUUAGUUUAAUUGGUAGGUAACACACUAGUUAAUAGUAUACUUGAAAUUAGUUUUUUUUUAUAUUUAUUUUUAUAAUAUUUAAACAUUAUGAUCUUUCAUAUGUGGAAAUGUUAAAUAUAUAAUAAUAAUUUAAAUGUUAUGUAUGAAAAUAACAAAAAUAAAUAUUGUUUAAAUCUA